UCCCCCUCCCUCGCCCUCUCCCUCUCCUCUCUCGAUCCAAGCUGUGUCGCCCUUAUUGCGAGCAGCGGCGGCGGCGUCGUCGUCUCCGGCGGAUGAGUGGCUGAGGAAUUAAGCUCUCGGUAGCGGCAUCUAGGGUUCCGGCGGAGCCGCGACGACCGCGCCGUGUGGCUCGCCGAGAAUCCUCUCUAGCACGCCCAGCUCUCCCUCGACGUCACCGAUCUCUACAUCAGGCUCCCAGAAGCGCUUUUCCCCGAAGCCAAUCGGUCGCGAUCGGCUUCUCUGUCCCCAGCGUGCUGAAUCCGAAUCAUCAUCAUCAUCAACAUCAAAGGAUGAGGAGGAGCUCGAAUCCGGCGUGGUUGUGGCGGCGAUCAGCAAGGAGGCGGCGGUGGAGAAGAAGGCGGCGUCGGUGAAGACGAAGGCGCGGGCGGUGCUGACGGUGCGGAGGAAGAGCAAGGAGGACUUCAAGGACGCCAUUGCCGGCCACCUCGAUGCCCUCGCCGACAUGAUCAGCCGCAACGUCGUCUUGGAGCUCAUCAGCACCGAUGUCGAUCCCAGUUGGGAAGCAUGAUAAAAUGGGCAUGAAUGUUAUUCCAUUAAAAGAUCUUACUCCUGAUGAGACGAGAUCUUUCACACUCGACUUGCUCAAAACUAUGGAUCCUAAUGAUCCACAGAAUGACAAGUCGCACGGACAAUUAGUCAUAGAACUCACAUACAAGCCCUUCAAGGAAGGUGAUAGUGAAAUUGAUACUAGUGAUGGUACUGACGUAAUCGAAAAGGCUCCUGAGGGUACGCAAGCUGGUGGUGGUUUGCUUGUAGUUGCUGUUCAUGAAGCUCAAGAUCUCGAAGGAAAGCAUCAUACUAAUCCGUAUGUGAGAGUCCUUUUCAGAGGAGAAGAGAGAAAGACCAAGUGCAUUAAGAAAAACAGAGAUCCACGUUGGGAAGAGGAGUUUCAGUUCAUGUGCAAAGAGCCACCUACUAAUUAAUGAUAAGAUGCAUGUGGAAGUCCUUAGCAGGCCACCUAGUAUUGGCAUACACUCGAAGUUGAUCCAGAUCAGCUGGAGCUGCGAAAAUUGAAGUGGGAAGCAAGACAUGCGGUGUUUGUUAUUUUUUUGCUACAUUUUGAACAAGUAUUUUUUGUUAGAACUUAUGUUUGAAAUUUAAUUUGAAUUCUGAGAUUGUAAUUUGAGAGUUGAGACUAUUUGUUAUACAAAUUA